AUGAAUCUAAAAUUAUUUUGUGAGGAUAGCCCUGUACCUGCCUUCGUUCUGGCACCUGUGGCUGACGUGGCGCCUCUUCCUGCUCCUGGCGUGGCGCCCUCGCCUGCGCCUCUCCUUCCGGCGUUGUCGUCCCCUGCUGCGGCGGCUGCUGAUGCUGCAGUUGCGGCGCCUGCGUCUGGUGUGGCACCACCUCCUGCGCCGGUUGUGCCGCCACCUCCAGUGGCUCCUGUGGCGCUACCCGUGGCGGCUCCUGUCGCGUCCCUUGGUGCGCCGGGCGGGGGGUCUGCCCUUCCGCUCCCCGUGGCUCCCUCGUCUGCACCUGUCCUUUCCCCGGCUGCUCAGCAGCGGAACUCCCGUCCUCAUACGCCCUCAUCUCGAGAUGAGCGAGAUGUGUCUCGGCGUCGCCGUGACUCCCCUCGUCGACGGCAGCCGCAGGCGAACUGGCAUGCGCACCAGAACGGCUGGGGGGGAGGUCGCGGUCGCGGGCGUGGCGGGGCGUUUGAUGGGCCCGUGACGAUGGCGGACUUGCAGCGGGUUGUAACGGCUGUGAUGCGCGAGGAGAGGGCCCUGCAGGCGAACCAGCAGUUCCCUCGUGCAUCUGCCGCUCCUCCUCCUGUUGCACCUCCUGUGACUGCACCGGCGGCGGUUGCUCAUCAUCUUCCUGCUCCCCCUGCUCCUUAUCCGUCCCUUCUGCCCGGUGAUUCUGCUCCUCAUGCUGCUGGUGCUGCGCAGCCGUUCCAGUCGUUUGUGGGUCCUCCCCGCGCGGCAGAGAUGUAUGGUCACGCUGGUUUCUCUCGUGGGAACUCCCUGGAUAACGGUUCCCGGGAUGAGUGUCUUGACGCCACGGAUCGGCUCGCGGAGCUCCUGGCGCCCGUGUUGGCUGCGCCCGCGAGGGGAGGAGUUGCCGGCGUUGGGCAGCUGGGGACGGCUGUACGAGGCUUGCGGCGCUUUUCGCGCGCUGGGACUGCAGCCGAUGUGAUCGGCGCAAGCACGGCGGUGGUGCGGGAGCUUCAUCGCUCACUGACGGGUCUUCUCGCCGUCCUUGAUGCGGAUCAGAUGUAG